CAAAUUAUUGUUUCGUUCAUGGGAAAGCUGCGUUUCUUAUCACUUGUGUACUUGUCAAAAGUUGUGUCAACUCCCUUGACGUGUCGAAUAUUUGGGUUAACACGAUUACAUAUUUCGCUAUUUUAUGUCCUAAUUUACUGUAUAUUUUGACAGUGGUGUAUGGUGUCAGAAGGCUACUAGAAGAACUACAAUGGAUUUCUUUAAGAGCGGCUUAAAAACCGUUCUGGGGGCGCCGGAGCCCGGUCAAACUCCGUCGGGUGCUGAAACGGUGGAGCGUCUAGUGGACCGUGUGAAUAACUCCACUUUACUGGAAGACCGGCGGGAUGCGUGCCGCGCUCUCAAAGCCAUGUCGCGCAAGUACCGCGUCGACGUCGGCGCGCAUGGCAUGGACACACUGAAACAGGUUUUAGAGCUUGACCGAGCUGACAACGAAACAAUAAACUACGCCCUAGACACCCUCAACAACGUGAUGUACCCCACACAGUUUGAGGAGGAAGAGGACAACCCUCAUGUGCCCAUGAAUAUUGGCGAACAGUUUACUGAAAUGUUCAUUAAGGACCAUCACAACAUACAACUAGUUCUGGACUUAUUAGACGAGUUUGACUUCAGAGUAAGACUAUCUGCCGUACAGUUGCUGACUUCACUACUAACUAAUAGACCGAAGGAUAUACAAGAGAUAAUUCUAGUGAAACCUAUGGGUGUAUCCAAAAUGAUGGACUUAUUAGGAGAUCCUCGAGAAGUAAUCAGAAAUGAGACGUUAUUAUUACUUAUAAAGCUUACUAGAGGAAACGCUAAUAUACAGAAGAUAGUCGCGUUUGAAAAUGCUUUCGAUAGGCUUUUUGAUAUUGUGUCUACAGAAGGUUUUUCAGAUGGAGGGAUUAUUGUAGAAGACUGUCUGUUGUUAAUGUUGAAUUUGUUAAAGAAUAACAGCAGUAAUAUUAACUUCUUUAAAGAAGGUAGCUAUAUACAGAAGAUGCUACCAAUGUUUAAUACUCCGGACGAAUCGGAAGACUAUGGUUGGUCACCGCAAAAGGUUUCAAAUGUGCACUGCAUGUUGCAAAUAGUUAGAACUUUAGUGUCACCAAGUAAUGCGAUUCAAAUUAUCUCUAGCUGUCAAAAGAUUAUGAAAAACGUUGGUCUGUUGGACGCUUUAUGUAAUAUUCUUAUGGCAAGUGGUGUGCCAGCGGAUAUAUUGACAGAGACGAUCAAUACAGUGGGGGAGGUGAUAAGGGGGGAUGUGGUGAACCAGGAGUUUAUGGGGAAUGUGAUGGCGCCGUCCAAUCCGCCGCGACCGGCCAUAGUGGUGCUGCUCAUGUCCAUGGUUAAUGAGAAACAGCCGUUUUCUUUAAGAUGUGCCGUGCUAUACUGCUUCCAAUGCUACCUAUACCACAAUGAGAUGUCGCAGGCGAGCUUAGUGCAAACAUUACUGCCUUCCUCCUCUGACGUUUCGAGUCUUACUAGUGGUCAUUUGCUAUGUGGAGGUCUUUUCUCUUCUGAUGUGCUCUCGAACUGGUUCGCGGCCGUGGCGCUCACGCACGCGCUCAUCGAGAACCCGGGGCAGAAGGAGCAGCUACUACGAGUGCUACUGGCCACCAAUAUUGGGAGCGCACCAGUUUCAUUACUGCAUCAGUGCACGCUCACUUUACAGCAGACUACUAAACUACAGCCCAAGGUCGCCCUUCUAAUGUUGCUCUCGCAAUGGACGGCGCAUUGUCCAGCCGCGGUGAGCGCUUUUCUUAAAGUGCCCGGCGGAGUGGGAUAUCUCGUCAACCAAACCUGCUCCAAUGAACAUGACGAAAAUGAAUACUUACUACAAGGUCUCUCAGCAUUCCUCCUAGCCAUCUGUAUCCACUUCAACGAUGAUUCCGUAGAAAAUUACUCCAAAGACUCCCUCAAGCAGCUCCUAUUAAAGCGAAUAGGCAUAGAAACGUUCACGGCGAAGCUGAGCGAAGUGACGAAGCACGAGCUGUAUAAUAAGGCGGCGAAGCACCCGCAGUUGAGAGUGAAGAUGGCGUCGGAGAUACUUAUUGAUUAUGAAUUCUGUAGGCUGUUUAAGGUGCUGGAGAGUGUAAUAACUCAAAGUCUAACUGUGAAACAAGAGAACGGCACCGCUGAACCAGAGCGCGCGUCUCCUGACGACGCCACCUUAGAGCAGUACAAGAACCUCAUCCGCCAGCAAGAUGCCAGGUUACAGCAGCUCAUGCAGCAAGUCGAGGGGCUCAUACAGCACAAUAAUCAACUACAGAGUGCCCUAAACGACUCAAUAGCCUCAAACUCUCACCUGAAAGAUGAAAACACCCUCUUAAAAGCACAAGUAUCCGCCCACCCCGUCCCCGUCCCCGUCCCCGUACGAGGCACGUCUGACUCGGAAUAUGAAGCCAGGCUCAACCAGUUAACGUUGGAGGUGACCAGGUUAGAUGGGGAGCUGGAGGAAGCGAGGGAAGCGGAGGCGAAGGCGGUGCAGGAGUUGGAGAAGACCAAGAAGGACCAGGAUGAUUUGCUUGAGUUGUUGGCGGAUCAGGACGCGAAGCUAAACGAAUACAAAGCGAAGCUCGCAGCUCUCGGGCUUCCCGCCCACGACGCCCCCGCACUAGCGGAGCCCCCACACGCACACGCACAUGCACACACACCAGCAUAAUGCUGCCAACAUACGUAACGUAACUGGGCGUUUUCUAAAAUUAAUAUUGGAAACCUGAUUCUCACAGAUCCUGGUGUUUGUAGGUUCUUUCAACUCAGAAUCACUAGCAUAUUCAAUCCUGAUGAUAAUAAAAUGUCCCAAAAAUUUGUAUGAAAAUUGUACAUUCCGCUACGUCACGCACAUACAAGCGAAAACAAAAUUCACACUAAAACGUGACGUAAUGGAAUGUACAUUUUGGGACAUUUUUUAUGGCAAGAUGGGGAAUGCUGUCGAUUCUGAGUAGAAUAUCCAGAUUUGAAAGAAUCAAGUUUUCAAUAUUUAUUUUAGAAAAUGCCGAACUACAAUUAGUGCUUAAGAAGUGUAAUAAGAAUGACCCACUCGCAAAAUUCGCUCCACAUAGUUUUUUUAGUCGGCGGCAAACAAGCAUAUCGUCCGCCUGAUGAUAAGCAGUUACCGUAGCCUAUGGACGCCUGCUACUACAGGGCUGUUACAUGUACGUUGCCGACCCUAUAGUAAAUCGGUACGGCUUUUUUGCAAAAUGCCUUCUUUAAAAUUCUCUUCAAGAAAAUGUGCCAUUUUCAACCAAAAGGGUACUUAUUGUCGCUUGUCAGUAAGGCGAUAUUUCCAUAUAGCUUCAAUUAGAAAUCAACCUUAUCAACAAGCGACAAUGUGGUACCUUUUGGUUGAAAACGUCACAAAUGUUCAAUACUUUUACUAAAACCCACAAAAUGAUCAAUAACCAUACAAUAAAAUCUAGUUGUAAUCAUUUCUUCAAUUUGUCGGUUUUUGGCUUACGAGACGAUUGCGAAAUGGCUUGACAAAUUAUAUUUGCAUUAUUUUGUAAGUGGAACGUUUAGCGAAAGAGACGAAAGGACAUUUUGCGAGUGGAUCGCUUUUAGAGAUCCAGUAGGCCUAGCUCAUGAUUGGCGCGACAGUAUCUCGCCGCGAAAUAGACUACCCGUCUUUUACUAACUGUAUGAAAUAAAGGGGGACGGAGU